AAAUUUUCUCACAGACGCAUAUUAAAUUUUCUCCUGAACGUUUCUCCAAUGUCUAUAGCUAAUUUUUGUAAAGAUAAACAACGUUACACAAAUAUAGUUUUAUUCUGAACGUAGAGCACACCUGCAUUGCCGGCUUUAGAUAGCAAAUUGUGUCCAGAUACAGCACGACCAUGGAGCAACAAAAUCCAAAAACUGAAGAGGAGAUCAAACGAGAAGAGCCCAUAGAAUUCAAACCCUCUAUCCCGUUAAAGGUAGAAGAAAUCGAAAUAAUCAAUACGCUGACUGAAAAAGAGUCCGGACAACCGAUAUCAGAUGUCACUUGCCACUUCUGCGAGAGUUGUGGCAAAGAAUUCCCAUCUAUCUUCCUGUUUAACCAUCACCAAUUGAAUCAUCCGUACAUAUGUGAUAUUUGUGUAAAAGAAUUUCGCAAGCUGAGCCAGAUCAGAGUCCAUAUGAAACUUCAUCAAGAAAAAUGUCAUAAAUGUGACGUGUGUGGGAAGGCAUUUCCUACGGCCAGUUAUCUCAAUAAACAUAAGAAAUUUCACUCGAACGAUAGACCACAUAUAUGUAAUUUGUGUGGAAAGGCAUUUUAUACACGAAGUGGGCUAAUAAGACACACGGAUGCACACUCGAGUGAGAAACAAAUGAAAUGUAAAGUUUGUGACAAACUAUUUGCUGCGUCCUGGAAUUUAGCGAUCCACAAUGGUAUAGCCAUCAAUACGAAUGAACUCUCUGAGUGUAGCAAACAUGAACCCUUUCGCCUGAUCAGUACAGUAUGUGAUAUAUGUGGAAAAGAAUAUCGUACGCUCAAAGAUCUAAACGUACAUAAGAAAACUCACAACGUAAGAGCUCACAAAUGUGACGUGUGUGAGAAAGCAUUCACAAGUAUCGGGCAACUCAAUGAACAUAAGAAAACUCACUCGAAUAAAAAACCAUAUGUAUGUGAAGUGUGUGGAAAGGGAUUUGGCAUGCAAAGGCACCUCAAAGUUCACACGCUUAUUCACACUAAUGAGAAACCAUACAAGUGUGAAGUUUGUGAAAAAUCCUUUCAUUUGGGCUACCAACUCAAAUCACAUGAGGUUGUGCACAAGGAUCAACUGAAGUACACAUGUGAAGUGUGUGGUAAGAAAUAUGUGUCUGCACGUGGCUUAAAAAACCAUUGGACUAUUCACACAGACGAAAAGCCGUACGCAUGUGAAUUGUGUGAACAAAAAUUUCGCCUCAAAUCUACCCUAAAAAAUCAUAUGUAUAGUCGUCACUCGAACGAAAAACCGCACAAAUGUGAAGUGUGUGGAAAAGACUUCAGCUUCAGAAAUGUCCUCAAAAUUCAUAUGUAUGUUCACACAAAUCAUAAACCACACAAAUGUAAAGUUUGUGGCGCAGAAUUUCGCCUGAAACUUGCCCUAAAGAGACAUAUGAAUGUACACGCCUUUCCUAACCCGCACAAAUGCGAAGUGUGUGGAAAAGAAUUUCGUGAAAAUAAUGUUCUGCAAACCCAUAUGUAUGUUCACAUGAACGAAAAACCACACGAAUGCGAUAUGUGUGGGAAACAAUUUUGCGAAAAAAGUGCCCUGAAAAGGCAUACAGUUGUUCACACCAACGAAAAACCGUACAAAUGUGACGUUUGUGGAAAAAAGUUUCGUGACAAGUACCACCUCAAGAUUCAUAUGUAUGUUCACACAAAUGAAGAACCGCACCAAUGCGAGGUAUGCGGAAAAAAGUUUUGUCACAAGUAUCUCCUCAAAUCCCAUAUGUAUAUUCACACAAACGAGAAACCGUUCAACUGUGAUGUGUGUGGAAAAGGAUAUCGCGAAAAAAAGGGAUUCAAGAAACACAAUUGUUCUAACAAUCGAAAAAAUGAAGCAAUGUGCAGUUAGUGAUAUAGAUUUUCUACAAAUGUACUACCUCAAAACCCAUUUGGAUGUUCACAAGGAUGGCGAACCGAACAAAUGUGAAGUGCAAGGAUAAAAAUCGUGAAAAUUGUGUAGAAUAAAGCCUAGCUAUA